AGGAAUAAAUACAACUCAACUAUCAUCAACAUUUCAACAUAACCUAUCCUUCAACAGACCAACAAUGAAAACACAGGUUACGAAGGGAAUACUAUCAGGAAAUUUGAUAGAAUCCCAUUUUUACUAUAGUUUUCAAGCUGGUUUGUGUGCCUCUGGUGGAAGUAUAUUUGGAAAGCUUUCAAGUAUUCAAUUAAGUUAUAUUGAAAACACCGUGAUUCAACAGGUCAUCUCAGCUUCAUUCGUUAUAUUGAUGAUAGUAUCUAAUGCUGCAGUCUGGACAUUCUUUGUAAAAGCACUUCGGGAAUCAAGUUCUUCGUUCAUUCCAACCUUGAGCGUUGCCGCUACAAAUUACUUUGUCUCUGCUAUAGCCGGCUGGCUCGUGUUUGCUGAGUCUCUGUCGUUCAUGUGGGGUCUGGGCACUCUUCUCAUCCUGUGUGGACUUGCUCUGCUGGCCUCGGACUCCAGUGAAGAUCAGUCAUCAAGAAAACUUAAAUGAAUAACUUACCAAAUACAAGUAUUAUUGAUUUAUUUGGAUUAGCAAGUGGGGUGGAAUUAUUUUACGAAGCAUAUCCUUCAAUCACAAUGCAAGUUGUAAAAACAUUCAUCAGUGACUGUUACAGCUAUCUUAAAACUGCUCUAACGACCACAUCCAAGAAAAUUUGCCCAUCAGUGGACGUUAUUUUUACCCAGUUCGGUUUUUAUGUCACAGUGUAUCUCUUUCUGUGUUAUGUAAUGUACGUGGUCUCCACAUACUUCCGAAACCAGUUGUCGAGAUGUGAAUAUUUCGACAAGUACGCCAAGAGAGUCAUGGUGAUCACGGCGCACCCUGACGACGAGUGUAUGUUCUUCGGACCGUUGAUAGUGAGACUGGUGAAGAGCAACCGGUGCCAGGUAUUCGUGUUGUGCUUGUCUUGCGGCAACGCCAGCAACAGCAAGUUGAGGAAACGGGAACUCUGGGACAGUUGCCACGUGCUCGGCAUACCCAGCGAGCGUGUCAUACUCUGUUGUAGCUCACUACGUAUGGACGGACAUCAGUACAAGUGGAAGUCUGAGGAUCUCGCGCAUCUCAUACGUGACCACAUCGAAACCUUCGAUAUCGACACCGUUAUCACCUUCGACAAACUGGGCGUGAGCGGGCACGAGAACCACAUCUCUCUGUUUCGCGCCGUCAGUUUCCUCAGUCUACGGAAGUGGCUGCCGGCCGGAUGUCGGGUUUUCAUCCUGGACAGUUUGGGAUUGGUGAGGAAGUAUUCCAGCGUUAUGGACUGUGCUCUGACUUUAAUCACGUCGCAGUACGUUUUUAUACUUUCCCCUUACGAACACGAAAUCGUCAAAAAGGCCUUAGCGAAACACAAGACUCAAAUUAACUGGUACAGAAAACUUUAUAUGUAUUUUUCUCGUUAUUCUUACGUCAAUUCGUUCUACGAAAUGAGGCGAUUCCAUGAGUACACUCCAACGUGUACGAAUUAAUGCUGCAAGGGUUUUUAUAAGCUUAAUGCUUUUACUUUUCUUGUAUGCUUUCAAUUUUCAAUGAGUUCAUAUGUUUAUUGUUUAGAGAAUAACCCUAUUUGUUAAUCUGCUCAAUUAAUGUUGUUUAACUUGAGAACAAGGAAUUCCAUAAUAAGUGCUUGGCAAAGAUUGUAGAACAAAUUGUGUAAAUAUUUUUACAGUGCAGAGUAUUGACUCAAGUUAUUUGUUUAAGAAAUAUAUGUAUAUGUUUAUUAACUUGUAAGUCAAAUUGUUAUUGUUUCUAAUAAAAAACUCACUGGUUGUUUAACAUUUAUUACUAUUUCCAUGGAAGCUGAAAAAACCCUCUGUAUUCACUUUCCAUAACUAAUAACUAAUAUAUUGUUGCAAUUGA